UGAGUCUCUUAUAACCAGCGGCCUCCUCCUCUGGAGUCUCUCCGUCUUCUGUCUCCACAGGCCGACACUCCUCCACCCACCGCUCAGCAUGACCUCCGCCGCCCAGCCCAUCUUCUCCCAGGGGGAGGACUGUAAGGAAGCAUGGCACGACGCGAGCGCCGGAUACAACGAGGCCGACACGCACCUGGAGAUCAUGGGAAAGCCCGUCAUGGAGCGCUGGGAGACCCCGUACAUGCACUCUCUGGCCACCGUCGCAGCCUCAAAAGGUGGUCGAGUUCUGGAGAUCGGUUUCGGCAUGGCCAUCGCCGCCACUAAAAUCGAGUCUUUCCCCAUCGAGGAGCACUGGAUCAUCGAGUGUAACGAUGGUGUCUUCGCCAGACUGGAGAACUGGGCCAAAUCUCAGCCACAUAAGGUCGUCCCUCUGAAGGGUCUUUGGGAAGACGUUGCCCCUACCCUGCCAGACAACCACUUCGAUGGUAUCCUGUACGACACAUACCCUCUGUCAGAGGACACGUGGCACACUCACCAGUUCGACUUCAUCAAGGCUCACGCUCACAGGAUGCUGAAACCCGGCGGCAUCCUCACCUACUGCAACCUGACCUCCUGGGGCGAGCUGCUCAAGACCAAAUACGACAACAUUGAAAAGAUGUUCGAGGAGACUCAGGUGCCUCAUCUGCUCAAGGCUGGAUUCAAGAAGGAGAAGAUUAGCACCACCACCAUGGACAUCGCCCCCCCCAGUGAAUGCAAAUACUACUCCUUCAAUAAGAUGAUCACUCCCACCAUUGUCAAGGAGUAAAGUCUGAACAUACUCAUUUUUUAACUCAUGUGCCUCCUCAGCUGAACCUCCUGACCUCACACUGUUUUUCACUGACAUUUCUCAAUAAAGCCAAGUCCCUCCCAACUCUUUUCAGAGGUGGUUGUAUUUUAUGCAUGUAUUAUCAGUUUCAUACUUCCAGCCUGUAUCUUAUUGAUUUCAUUUGUUCAUCUCUACCUUGAUAAAGUUUAUUAUUCACAGUAACAAAUAUGAAACCACAGCAGACUGAAAGCACCAAGAAAUGUGUCAUGCGUAACCCAGUUUAAGACCAAGCUGCAGAUUUAUCACUACAUGUUUCAAUGCAGGCGUUGUCAUGCACCUCAGAAAGUUUAGUCUCUUCUCUAUGUUCACGGUUAAACUGUGCAGAAUCACGCAACUCCAGACAAAAUGUGACGACAAAAUGAUAAAUCAGAGGUGUGGUUUCCCAAAUGAAAUGUCCAUUUUUCACAAUUUACAAUAAAAUGUAUGAAUUUC